UAAAGUGGCUGUGUCAGCUUAAUAGACGUGGUGUGACGUUAUAAUGUAAGUGCCUCUUCGCGCGCGUCCAUUCUCUGCGUGUCAUCCCUGUGUGUCUCAGUUUGUAUAUAAUUGUUGAAAGAUUCUUUACUGAUUAUUAUUACAAUAAUGGCAAACAAACUUGAUUCUGGCUUCGUCAAAGCUGAUGCUCGUAAUAUACCAACAAUUGAUAUGUUUAUGAUAUGUGAGUUCAUAAAAAACAGUGAUGAUUUUAACUCUGUGGAAAUACGCAACAAAAAGCUAGCAACAUCAUCUCGAGAAAACUAUGGAGACCAAGCAAUAGGUUAUGUAUGUCUCAAACGAGAUGGGCCAAUCUGUACUGUCAAAUGUAGAGUUUGUCCUGAACAUCGAGUACGAGAAAAAGGUUAUGCAGUGACAUUAACAAUAGAUGAAGAUAAUGACAAAAUUAUUGACGUUCAGUGUCAUAAUUGUGCAGCAGCAAAUGGUAAAUUUGAUUAAGGGCCAGUUUCACAAACAUCGGUUAACUGUUAACUAGGGUUCAGUCG